AUAAUGUUUAAUAACCACAGCAGUUCACGCAGUAUGCUACGAUGUUUGAUUCAUGGAGGCCUGUGCAGCAGCUGGUGAGUAGCCCCAGUGGCUCCUGGUGCCGAUCCACGGCACAUGCUCAGUUAUGUACACCGAGACAACUUUGAAGGCUAGCUAAUAGCUGUGGCUGCUGAGGUCAUUGCACUGGGAAAGAAAAUAGACCGACUCCCUCCCCUCCACUAUACCGCCUCCAUUUUGAAUAGCCAUGUAAUGGGGGAUUCGCAUAGUUUUUGUGUGUAUCGCCCACUGUGCUGCGUAGUGUCAACAAGCCACAUCCAAACAUCCUUCGACAUGGACGACUUGUUCAGUCCGCGGAGGAGCCUGAACAGCACACAGGGCGAGAUAAGAGUGGGGCCAAGUCAUCAGGCCAAACUACCAGAGUUGCAGCUGCGGUCUGCUCCUGGUUUACAGACUCAGACAGAGAGUGAGGAACUGAUGUGGAUGCCUGGGGUCAAUGACUGUGACCUUCUCAUGUACCUCAGAGCUGCCAGGAGCAUGGCAGCAUUUGCCGGGAUGUGUGAUGGUGGAUCCACAGAGGAUGGAUGUUUAGCAGCCUCCCGUGAUGAUACCACACUCAACGCACUCAACAUGCUACAUGCAAGUCAUUAUGAUGCAGCAAAAGCUCUCCAGCGUCUGGUUAAGAAGCCUCUGCCGAAGCUUAUUGAGAAAUGCUGGUCGGAGGAUGAUAUGAAACGCUUCAUCAAAGGCCUGAGACAGUAUGGAAAGAAUUUCUUCCGCAUCCGGAAAGACUUUCUGCCCACCAAAAAGACUGGGGAGCUGAUCACUUUCUAUUACCACUGGAAGAAAACUCCUGAGGCUGCAGGAACCCGAGCUUAUCGACAGCAACGACGACAGCCGUCCUCUCGCAAAGCAAAGACUCGCUCUGCGACAGUUCCUGUAACCCCAUCGCGAAAUUAUUCAGUGGAUGCGAGUUCUGCCAGUGAGGAUGAUCUUGAUAGUGAAGAUAGUGAACAGGAAGUCAAGAGCUGCAGCCACUGUGGUACAACAACAUUUUAUCCCAAAACAGGUUCUAAGGAUUGGCACCAGGGGCGGAGAGACAACCCGUUGCUAUGCACGACUUGUCGCACAUAUGAAAACAAACAUGGAUGUCUGCCGCCAGCUCCAAAAUCUGCAGGCGCUCCCUUCAUGUUUAAACCUGUUAAAGAGGAAGAAGAGGUGAACAGCAAACAUGGCAUGAGGACACGGCGAAGCAGAGCACCUCAGCUGUCAACUUUAAGAAGUGGCCACAGGAGGCUCACAGGAUCCCCCACCAGUGAGGACCAGCAGUCCAGUAGCCAGCCCUCUCCAAGUGGAGCCACUUCUAAUUCUCUGAGAUCGUCAUCCACAGAUAAUAAGAAUGAAUCCAGCAAGAAGACAAACAAGAAGGUAAAAGAGGAGGUAACGUCACAAAAGACGACAAAACGUGUACGGGAGAGUCCUGUUCAGGAGCAUGAUGAGCCUGAAAAAGUUACACCUAAAAGGCCGAAGAUACAGGAUCCACGGGGUUUGCGGUCAGAGGGAGAGGCCGAGGUAGAGGAAGAAAGCUCUUCAGAAAGCCGCAGUGCUCAGGACGACGGCAGCAGUGACACCAAAGACAUUGAUCAGGACAACCGCAGCUCCUCUCCCAGCAUUCCCAGCCCUCAGCAGUGCAACGAGAGCGACUCUGACUCAUCUGCCCAGCCGAACGGUGGCCCAUCAGAGCCUGCUACUGCUGUGCUUGCUGACGCACCAGUCCCACAAGCCCUCCCAUCUCAGGGCCAUCCCAUCACACUUCAGCCAAUGCAAAGCACCCACCCAGUUGAUCCCGCUCAGAGCCCCCCUCCUCCUUUUCAGGACUCACCUCAGCCAGCUCCUGGUCAGUCAGCUGCCACAGAAGGGCCAAACAGCCGACCACAGCCCGCCUCUCACUCUCAUUCUGGUCUACCACCUCUUCCUUCAGCACUGGCUCAGGAUUCUCCUCUUUCUCCAGCAUUUCAGGUCCCACCUGCUCUAAACCCCGCACAGUCUCUGCAGCCUCAUGGCCCGUCACCUCAGGCCCUCCAGCGACCCCCUCCUUUCUUUAGGGAGUCUCAGCUCCCCCAACCUCCUCUGUCCGGCACACAAAUCAAGCCUCCUCCCACCACUCCAAUUCCACCUUCACACAAACAGAUACCACAUCAGUCUGCUACACCUUUCCCUCAGAUGCCCUCCAAUCUCCCUCCUCCCCCUGCUCUAAAGCCACUCAAUUCUCUGCCCAACCAGCAUCCUCCAGGUGCCCCACCUCCUCCUCUUCAGCUCAUGCCACAGCCUUUGCCAAUGCAGUCGCUUCCUACCCAGCUUCCAGUGAUCUCUCAGGUGCAGACCCACCCUGGAAAAAGCAUGACUUCCUCUCAUCCACCAGCCUCACACCCUCUCAACUCUGUAACAUCUUCUGCUAUUGGCCCUGUCCCAAGCCUCCAGCCUUCAUUCCCACCUCUUCCUCCGAGACCCUCACAGAGCACUGCAGCAGGACCAUCACACAUUCAGAUUAAAGAAGAGCCAUUUGAUGAGAUAGAAGAGGCUGAAAGCCCACCUUCUCCACCUCGGAGCCCCUCGCCAGAGCCCACCAUUGUCAACAUGGCAAGCCAUGCCAGCCAGUCUGCACGGUUCAUCAAACACUUGGAUCGGGGUUACAACUCCUGUGCCAGAACAGACCUGUUCUUUACUCCACUUUCUGCCUCCAAGCUGGCCAAGAAAAGGGAAGAUGCUGUGGAAAGGUCCAGGAGAGAGGCUGAGCUCAGUGCUCGACAAGAACGUGAAAGGGAAAAAGACAGAGAGAGAGAGAGAGAAAGGGAGACAGACCGAAAUAAUAGAGCCUCCAGUUCGUCCCAUGACAGUCGCAUGAGCGACGUUCAGAUGACGGUUCAGGGCCACGGCCGCCCCUCCUUUGAGCAGCCGCCCACCACUGUAGCGGCUGUGCCCCCAUACAUUGGCCCUGAUACACCUGCUAUGCGCACCCUGAGUGAAUAUGCCAGACCUCAUGUCAUGUCGCCCAACAACCGCAACCACCCUUUCUACGUGUCACUGAGCCCUGGCGAUCCCUUGCUGGCCUACCACAUGUCUGGCCUGUACAACGCUGAACCCAGCCUCAGAGAGCGCGAGCUCCGAAACCUCCGGGAGAGGGAGCUCCGUGAAAGGAUGAAGCCCGGCUUUGAGGUCAAGCCCCAAGACAUGGAAACUUUACACCAAUCAGCCAACCCCAUGGAGCACUUUGCCAGACACGGGGCAAUUGGUCUUCCCCACAUACCCGGGCCUCCCCACCACUUUGCACCCUUUCAUCCUGGGCUGCACCACCUGGAGCGGGAGAGGAUGGCGCUGGCAGGACCUCAAAUGCGGCCGGAGCUGAGUUACGCAGAGCGACUCACUGCAGAGCGACUUCACGCAGAGAGGAUGGCAUCUGUGGGGGCCGACCCUGCUGUCAGGCUGCAGAUGCUCAAUGUGACCCCACAUCAUCACCAGCACUCUCAUAUUCAUUCCCACCUCCACCUGCACCAACAGGAUCUGCUCGGUCAAGGUUCAGGCCCUCAUCCCCUAGACCCCCUUGGAACAGGACCACGUUUUGCUAGGUUCCCCUUCCCUGGCGGCCCGAUUCCCAAUGCUUUACUCAGCGAUCUUCCUCAGGAUCAUGAGAUGCUGCGUCACCCACUGUUUGGAGCUGCAUAUCAACGAGAGCUGCAGGGCCAUAUUCCCCAGUCUGCUGCUCAUCAGCUCCAGGCCAUGCAUGCUCAGUCUGCAGAGCUGCAGAGGAUGGCUAUGGAGCAGCAGUGGCUGCAUGGGCAUCACAUGCAUGGAGGCCCUCUCCCGAGUCAGGAAGAUUAUUACAGCCGUCUGAAGAAAGAAGGUGACAAGCCAUCUUGAGUGCCAGGUGGUGCAUGCCCUGAAAUCCUAUACUCAUACCCAAUAGAAUACUGUACUUUUAAGACUGUAAGAAAAUAUGUCUGUCCAUUUCUUUUUUUUUUAUAUAUAUAUUUUAGAAAAAUCUUUGUGGCUCUUUAUGUGCAUUCCUGGUCAGCACUUAAUGGGACUGUCAAAGUCCUUUAGACUUUAUACUGGUUUUAUUAUCAACAUAAUGAACAAUCUCACCCAUUCAUGUGUGAUUUAAAGAGACAGAUUUUCUCUAACAAACUUUAAAACUGUUGCAUAUGCAGUGAUAAGAAUUUGCUGAAAAGAUAUGAAAACAGACUGACUUUGGUGUGAAGUUGAAAUACCUAUCUAUGAUUUCCUUGUACAGAAUGACAUUUAAAUUUGUGUUUGAAUGAUUGUAACGACUUAGCAUGACUCAGCCUUCCUUUUUCACAAAACUAGAAUAGAAAGUUGCAUUGUGGUGUUUAGACUUUGAAAGCAUAUUAGAGGUUGGUUUCACACUUAAAUCUGCUAAAUAUUUGUCUAAAUCCUAAAGUUUUAUACAUCAAGAUAUCUUUUCACAGUAUAACCGAAGCUUUUAUUCGCUCAUUUUUGAGAUUGUAAAUAUUACAUGUUUACAAUGUUCUAUAUGAAUAAGUACUAUUGACAUAGCAGUAGAUGUGAAGACUUGACCCUCAAUUCAGCACGAUAGCAGUAAAUCAUAAGCUAAAACAGUAUAUGGUAUUAUAAGGAGAGAUUAUUAUUAAUUGGACCAUGAUCUGUCACUACAGACACAGUUUUAUUUUAAUGAUGUAUUUACAACAUUUUGAUCAGAGUAACUAAAUUGGAGAGAAAUUCAAUCUUAAGCAUUUCGAUAGAAUUUUUUUAAGAACUGCCUCUAAAUUCAAUAUUUAUGUCACAUAAUAUGAAAGUGUAUCCAUUGCAUAUUUAUUUCAAUAAAUAAUUCUGCAAUGACAUUCCUUUGCACAUGGGAGUUCCUCUGUACCAACAGCCUGUGGUAAACUGCCUCUGUUAUUUUGUCCACGCUGUUAUAUAUCAAAAAGGGCUAAGUACCGGGUAAACCUCUCUGCAUAAUGCAGUGGAUUAGACUGCAUUAGUGCAAGCCUAGGUGUACCAAAUAAACUGGCAACAGUGGGUUUAUACUGUGAAAAUAA